AUGGCGACUAUGAUGCCAGAACACGAUAUCCUAUCCCCGCCCAAGAAAAGGGCUCUACCAUUCAAGCGCACCGUCGCGCGGAAGCAACAAUCCAGUGAAGAACCAAAGAAACCCGAGGAGGACAACGAUCUGGAUCUCUUCCGGCACUCGAAAGAAGUGUUUCCCGAAGUCCUCCGCGAAGCCAAAGAAGCGGGGGAAGAAAAGGAUCAAAGCCAAAAUGACCACAAGCGCAGGAAGCUUUCGUCAAGCUCUUCGAGCGAUCCGAUACACUCGCGCAAGCGAUCAACGGUUGCCGACGAAUCCGACGACGAUUUAAUCAUGGAUGUCAAAGGGAAGGGGAAAGAGAUAAUUCGACCCAGGAGGUUGUCGACGCCUCCCGGGCCUUCCUCAGCACAGACGCUCUCACGAACACCAGGCUCGAACCGAACAACCCCAAAGACAAAGACACGCGCAUCAAGGAGAAGCCGGUCGAGAAACCGGACCGGCUCGCCAGCACUCCCAGUCACCAUCCUCGAUGACUCCGACGAGGAGGACAUCAAACCCACCACAUCCCGCUCCCAACCAAGGGACUCAACAACCGACACCGCAACCCCCCUCCGUUCCGCGCCGCCAGCCGACUCCUCCUCCCCCAUCGAAAUCCUCACCAACCCGCUCUCCGACCCCGAACCCCCCAACGAAGACUUCUCCGAAUGGGUCAACAAAGCGCGCGCCCUGCAAGCCGCCGAAAGCCAAAACACCGUCGCCACCAUCUUCAUCACCUCACGACUACCCGGGUGCGAGGAGCCCAUGCUCGUGACGCGGCGCCUCAACCAGGGCGUCCAGCUGCUCCUAGACGUAUGGGUGAGCAGGAACGAGGCAGCGCUCGGCCCCACCGCCGCCGCCGCCGAGCCGGGCCGUCUCUUCCUCACCUGGAAGGGCAACAAGAUCUACGGCCACAGCACGCUCGCGUCCCUGGGCGUGCAGGUCGACGCCCGCGGCGCCCUGCGCGACAACGUCGGCGAGGGCUACGUGCGUGGUGGUGGGUUGCAUCUGGAGGUGUGGACUGAGGAGGUCUAUGCCGAGUAUCUGGAGAAUCGGGGUAAGGAGUGGGCGCUGAAGUUGGGGGUGGAGGAGGAGGGGGAAGAGGAGGGGGAUGUGGUAGAGGCGGGGACUGGUUUUGGUGGGGCGGGUGAGGAGGUACCGCCGGCUAGGAAGAAGGGGAUCCGCAUCGUGCUCAAGGCCAAGGAGCACGAGCCGCUUAAGCUCACGGCGAGGGAGGAGACGGAUGCCGAGAUGCUUGUCGAGGCGUUCCGGACGCAACGGGGUAUUGGGCCGGAGUGGGAGCUUGCCAUUUCGUUUGAUGGGGAACGGCUGGAUGAUGACGUGCUGAUUUCGGAUCUUGAUGUCGAUCCGGACGAGGUGAACCAGCUGGAGGUGCUCAUGAAAGAGGCCAGUGGGUGAGGAAUUGGUAUGGAGGCCCCUUUGGGGACCCGGGGGGGGCGAUGAUUUCACGAACGGAUGACGGUUGAGACUAUGAUACCCAGCGGAGUUUGAAGGAUAUAGGAAGGAAGCACGCCAGAGCUUUCACCAAUAGUGUACGGUGGGCGUUCCCGCAAGCCUCGGUACUAGGG